UAAACAUGGCGGACGAAGCGAGUGGAUUUCAUUUUGAUGAAUUGUCGAAAGUUCGUGUUCUUGAGCCAGAGGUUUACCAACAAACUCAGGAAUUGAAAGAAGAAUGUAAAGAUUUCGUCGACAAAAUAUCUGAGUUUCAAAGCAUUGUGGGAAAUUUUAUCGGGAUGGUUGAUGGCCUUGCCAAGGAAGUUGAAAAUGAAAAAAUGAAGGCCAUAGGUUCAAGAAAUUUGUUAAAAUCAGUCGAGAAGCAACGAGAGACAGAGCAACAGCAAUUGCAGGCUUUGAUUGGUGAGAAGAAAGUCCAACUGGAAAGAUAUCGACGUCAGUACGAGUCACUUCUUAAGACGGAAGAAGAGCAAAAGGAAUUCAUUGAGCAAUUUGUGCUUCAAAAGUGAUCCCAGAAUCUGGAUACAAGGUAUCUCAUGCACAGCACCUUGCUGGAAAUUUGCAGCAAUUUCCAGUCAGGUAUAUAAUCAUGUACUCUGUAUUUCCAUAAUAGAAUAUAAAGUAUAUGAUUAGCUCCUCCAAAUGAAGGCUUUGUUGAAAUAUGCUAGCAUUUUAUCAAGAUUUUGUAGAGGAGCAACACUUGUUUUAUAUGCACUGGGAAAACUAAAAUAUAAUACUUUAAAAUAUUUCAAAAAUAAUAUAUACUAUACACUGUUAAUUACUAUCUGAGACUGGUUGUAUAAAACCCUUCAACUACAUUUUGCAUAGUUAAAUCCUAGUUAAGUCAGAAAUACACAACUCUGAUUGGUCAAUUCUGUACUUAACUACAGUUAAAAGUCUAACAGUUACUAAGUCUAGUUAACUAGUCUUUUAUACAACUGGCCCUUGAUAACAAAUAAUACAAAGUAGCUUGAAUAUUAUGAUAAAAUACAUUUAUUAGAAACUUAGUUAUACUAUAUAUUACUCUGUAUUAAAACAUUAUUCAACAUAAUCAAUA